GGGAAUGUGUUGAGAUUUUUCAGCCACCCAGUACGCAACUGAAGGGGUUUUUUAAAUAUCGGCAAAUUCAGCACCGCAGAAAGCUUACCAUUUUUUGAGGACGGGAAAGUUUGUCAGGACUACUGUGCUUUAAACAUGGGGAGUAAUUUAGGCCGUGGAAUGGACUCCCCAAGGAAAUUGGAAAUCGCCUCUCAUUUAUACGAAAAUGAGUGCCCGCUCGGAGUGGAGAAUCGUCUUUUUCAAAACCCAUGGACAACGUCACCGUCAGACAAGGGGAGAGCGCUGUUUUGAAAUGCAUCACGGACAACAAAGUGUCCCGUGUGGCUUGGCUGAACCGCACCACCAUACUGUUCGCCGGACGCGAUAAGUGGUCCUUAGACCCGCGGGUGGUCCUGCUCGACAACACGGCCAUCACGGAGUACAGCAUAAAGAUCCAGAACGUGGACGUUCACGACGAGGGCCCAUACGUGUGCUCCAUCCUGACCAACAAGAAGCCCAAGUCCUCCAGAGUCCACCUCAUCGUACAAGUUCCGGCAAAGAUCUCUAACGUGUCGGCUGACAUCACGGUGAACGAGGGCAGCAACAUCACGCUCAUGUGUCUGGCCAUCGGGAGACCGGAGCCCACCAUCAUAUGGAAGCACCACCUAAACAGAGGCCAUAAAGUGAUGAACGAAGGCGAAUAUGUGGAGAUCACAGCGAUCACCAAAGAGCAGUCGGGCAUCUACGAGUGCAGCGCCAACAACGACGUGUCGGCCCCUGACGUCAGGACUGUGCACGUCACCGUGAACUAUCCUCCCUACAUUUUGAAUGCCAGGAGCACCGGCGCCCCUGUUGGUCACAAGGGCAUUCUGCAGUGUGAGGCGUCCGCAGUGCCCAUCGCAGACUUUGAGUGGUACAAAGAAGACCGCAGGCUCCUCAGCGGACUUAACGGAGUAAAAAUUGAAACCAAAGGCAAAGAAUCCAUGCUCGUCUUCUUCAACGUGUCUGAAGAGGAUUAUGGAAACUACACCUGCGUUGCCCUAAACAAUAUGGGGCACACAAACGCAAGCAUAAUUUUGUACGGACCGGGCGCGGUGCACGAAGUCAACAGGGCGACCCUCUCCCCCCACUCGCUGCGCCUGCUCUGGACUGUGACUUUGCUCGGCCUUUUCAAGUUUUGAUGCAGCUGCGCCCACAUCCAGAGUCCCUCAGCAUCCCAACACAACAGACUUUUAGUUUCAUCCGAGAACAGGAGCUCCAACAACACUCGUUUUU